AAACAGGGUCUCAGCUUCUCUCUCAUUCUCUCUUCAUAGAAAAGCAGGGUCCUCUUUGGUUUGCCCUCUCUGAAGCGUUUGUUCAUUCAUGCUACCUCAAUAGCAUCAAAAUAAUGGAGAACUUCUUUGUCGUGGACAAGCCGGACGUGGCAUUUGGAGGAAACAGUGUGACGGGUUUCACCAUUUUUGACUUUGCUAAAACAGUUGGAGAAUAUGGGAAGAGAACUAUUCGAAUUUUGGACCAGAGAGAAUUCUCCUGUUGCCCAAAAAUUAAUCCUGUCAAAUGCCCCUCCUUUUUGUCCAUUCAACUCAGAAUCAGAUUCUGAUGAGUCUAGGAGGUCAAAUGGGCUGAUUAAAAAGGGGCCAAAGUGAUAUAUGAAUGUUCUGCACAGACCCAUGUGUGUUAACUUCUGUUUAUGAAACCUGGGGUAGUGUGGUUUUUGAUGGGUGCCAUUUGAGCACAAAUGGGUUUUGCUUUCUCUCACUGAACAGAGCCACUGCCAUCAAUUACAUAAUAGUUGUUCUGCAUAACAUAAAGGACUUCACCAAGCUGUUAGGUUCUAAGUCCCUGAUGGCCAAGAUUAACAUACUCAAGGAUGUCAGUGGUGUCAUCAAGCCUGGCAGGAUGACUCUACUACUUGGUCCUCCAGGAUGUGGAAAAACCACCCUGAUGUUGGCUCUAUCAGGGAAACUAAACCAAUCUCUCAAGGUUACUGGAGAGAUCUCUUAUAAUGGUCACAGACUGGACGAGUUUGUUCCCCAAAAAACAGCAGCUUAUAUAAGCCAACAUGAUCUGCACAUAGCUGAGAUGACUGUGAGGGAAACAAUUGACUUUUCUGCAUGUUGUCAGGGUGUUGGAAGUCGAACAGAGAUUAUGAUGGAGGUUAGUAGAGGGGAGAAGCAAGCUGGAAUCCUCCCAGACCCAGAUGUUGAUACUUAUAUGAAGGCGACUUCUAUUGAAGGCACCGGAAAAACUAUUCAAACAGACUAUAUCUUAAAGAUUCUCGGACUUGAUAUUUGUGCUGAUUCAAUGGUUGGAGAUGCCAUGAGAAGAGGUGUUUCAGGUGGCCAAAAGAAGAGAGUGACUACAGGGGAAAUGAUUGUGGGUCCAACAAAUGCUCUCUUUAUGGAUGAGAUAUCAACUGGCCUGGACAGUUCUACAACCUUUCAGAUUGUUUCUUGCCUUCAGCACUUGGUGCAUCUAACAGAUGCUACGGCAUUGAUAUCACUUCUUCAGCCUGCACCAGAGACCUAUAAUCUAUUUGAUGACGUUAUCUUGAUGGCAGAAGGAAAGAUUGUGUACAAUGGUCCACGUAAUUAUAUUCUUGAAUUCUUUGAAUAUUGUGGAUUUAGAUGUCCAGAAAGAAAGGGAGCAGCUGAUUUCCUUCAAGAGGUUGUCUCCAAAAAGGAUCAAGCACAAUACUGGUUCCUUAAGAACAAAGCUUACAGCUAUGUUUCCGUUGAUGAAUUUUGUGAGAAUUUUAAAGCAUUUCACAUUGGAAAAACGCUGGAUGAGGAGCUUUCAGUUCCAUAUGACAAAUCUCGGAGCCAUAAAAAUGCUUUAUCAUUUAAUUUGUACUCUUUAAGCAAAUGGGAGCUCUUCAAAGCCUGCAUGAGCAAGGAAUAUCUUCUCAUGAGGCGGAAUUCUUUUGUAUACGUCUUCAAAUCAAUUCAGCUUUUCGUCAUUGCAUCCAUCACAAUGACUGUUUUUCUAAGGACUCGUAUGGGUGUUGAUUCGAUCCAUGCGAACUAUUAUUUGGGUUCACUAUUUUAUGGGCUUAUCAUGAUACUUGUUGAUGGAUUCCCAGAAAUAUCUAUGACAGUUUCAAGGCUUGCUGUAUUUUACAAACAGAGAGACAGCUACUUUUACCCAGCUUGGGCUUAUGCUAUUCCAUCGGCUAUUGUAAAGAUUCCGCUUUCAGUUAUGCAGUCCUUAGUUUGGACUGCUCUUACUUAUUAUGUGAUUGGGUAUAGUCCUGAGUUUGGAAGGUUUCUCCGCCAGUUCAUUCUACUUUUUGCUAUGCAUCUAAUGGCAAUAUCCAUGUUCCGAUUUGUUGCAUCAGUUUCCCGUACUAUUGUUGCUUCUAUGACAGCAGGUGGCUUGACUAUGAUGUUCCUCUUUCUAUUUGGUGGUUUCAUUCUUCCACAUCCCUACAUGCCUACUUGGAUCCAGUGGGGUUUUUGGAUUUCUCCAUUGACAUAUGGUGAGAUAGGCAUAACUCUAAAUGAAUUUCUUGCUCCUCGGUGGCAAACGAUGUCCACAAACACUACUUUAGGGCAACAAGUACUUCAAAGCCGUGGGCUGGACUUCAGAAGCUACUUUUAUUGGAUAUCACUUGCUGCCUUGUUUGGCUUUGCAUUACUUUUCAAUGUUGGAUAUGCGCUGGCUUUAACCUUUUUAAAGCCUCCUGGGAUAUCUCGUGCUAUUAUUUCAUAUGAAAAGCUUGUUCAAAUAAGAGGAACAGAAGACUCCAACAAAGGUGCUGUAGAGGAGGAAUUGACUAAUGGUCAUCCUGAAAAUGUUGCAGAGGCUAAAAGAGAAAGGAUGGCCUUGCCUUUUGAGCCCCUAACGAUGACCUUCCAGAAUCUUCAUUAUUACAUUGACACUCCUGCGGCAAUGAGAGAACGGGGCUUCACACAGAAAAAGCUACAACUUCUUCAUGAUAUUACAGGUGCAUUUAGGCCUGGUGUUCUUACUGCAUUAAUGGGUGUCAGUGGAGCUGGGAAGACUACUCUUAUGGAUGUUCUUUCUGGAAGAAAAACAGGCGGUACUAUUGAGGGAGAAAUUAAGAUUGGUGGAUACCCCAAGGUUCAGGAGACAUUUGCUAGGAUAUCAGGUUACUGUGAGCAAAAUGACAUACAUUCUCCACAGAUCACUGUGGAGGAGUCAGUGAUAUACUCUGCUUGGCUGCGACUGUUGCCUCAGAUUGAUUCAAAAACAAAAGCUGAUUUCAUAAAUGAAGUCAUUGAGACUAUUGAGCUUGAUGGAAUUAAAGAUACUUUGGUAGGCGUGCCUGGUGUUAGUGGUUUAUCAACUGAGCAGCGUAAACGUCUCACAAUAGCUGUGGAGCUUGUUUCCAAUCCUUCGAUUAUCUUCAUGGAUGAACCCACCUCAGGAUUGGAUGCAAGAGCAGCUGCAAUUGUCAUGCGGGCAGUGAAGAACGUGGUUGGUACGGGACGGACAGUUGUUUGCACUAUCCACCAGCCAAGCAUCGAUAUAUUUGAGUCAUUUGAUGAGUUGGUUCUAAUGAAAUCUGGAGGACGCUUAAUCUAUGCUGGACCAUUGGGUCAACAUUCAAGUAGGGUUAUUAAGUAUUUUGAGGAAAUACCUGGGGUGCCAAGGAUUAAAGACAACUACAAUCCAGCAACAUGGAUGUUAGACGUUACGUCUACAUCUGCAGAAGGAGAACGUGGUGUUGAUUUUGCCGAAAUCUACAGAAGCUCUAGUUUAUUUAAGGACAACGUAGUGCUUGUUAAACAAUUGAGUACUCCACCACCUGGUUCAAAGGAUUUGUAUUUCUCUACCCGUUUUCCACAAAAUGGUUGGGGGCAGUUCAAAUCAUGCUUGUGGAAACAAUCUUUGUCCUACUGGAGAAGUCCUGCUUACAAUUUAAGACGUUUCCUGUACACAUCCAUUGCAUCUGUGCUAUUUGGGAUUUUGUUCUGGAAGCAAGGGGAGAGGAUAAAUACCCAGCAAGACUUGCUCAAUGUACUUGGUGCAAUGUAUGUUGCGGUGCAACUCUUAGGUGUAAAUCUCACCUCGGCAGUCUUACCAUUUGUUGCAACAGAGCGCACUGUCUUCUAUAGGGAAAGAGCUGCAGGAAUGUACUCUCCGUGGGCUUAUUCAUUUGCACAGGUGAUUAUUGAGAUUCCAUAUUUGUUCACUCAAACUUUUAUAUACGUCAUUAUCACAUACCCCAUGUUUGGGUACUAUCUGUCACCAUAUAAGAUAUUUUGGUACUUCUACGCUAUGUUCUGUAUGCUAGCCUACUUCAAUUACCUUGGAAUGCUUCUUUUAUCAUUGACACCAAGUGUUCAUGUUGCUGCAACGUUGUCCUCUGCCUUCUUCACAACGUUGAAUCUAUUUUCUGGCUUCCUAAUACCCAAACCGCAAAUUCCUGUGUGGUGGAUUUGGUUUUAUUAUCUAUGCCCAACAUCAUGGACAUUAAACGGUCUCCUCACUUCACAAUAUGGAGAUGUAAACACAAAGAUAUUGGUAUUUGGUGAACCCCAAACUGUAUCUUCCUUCUUGAAUGAAUACUUAGGGUAUAGUUAUAACCGGUUGGAUCUCGUAGGUGUUGUUGUAAUUGCAUUUCCAAUCACCGUUGCAUGCGUCUUUGCUUAUUGUAUAGGAAAACUGAACUUCCAAAAGAGAUAAUUGUUGUAAAGUCUUACCUAGGAUUGCACAUAGAUUGGAUCAGUAAAUUUUUUCAGUUUGCCUGGUCUAUUGUAAUUUAAAUUUUGGCCUGAGCUAAUUCAUGUACACUUCACAUUUGUUAGCCAAUUCCAAAGUGUUGUACCUUCUAAAGAAAUUUUGAAUAAAUUUUGUUGUAUC